AUGGCGCUGACGGUGGCGGCCGUGGCAGUGAUGGCGGUGGUGGUGGUGGAGACCGUGAAAUAUGAAUACUCAGUAGGUAGAGGGGGAUUUGAUAAUGAAAUGAUGAUGGUGGGUAAUGUCAAUGGUGUUGCAAAGGUGGCUGGUGGUAGCUUUGUGUGGAUGGUGUCGAUGGUUCUAAUGGUGGUGAGUGGUGGUAGCUUGGUGUGGCGAGUGGGUAAUGGUGCCUCUAUAAAUGUAUGUGCCUCUAUAAAUGUAUGGACUGGACCGUGGAUUUCUGUGGAUAGUGCGUUUUAUAUUAGUUCUGAUGCUGUGCGGGGUUUUGAAGAUCUUCGGGUGUCAAGGUUGUGUAGUGUGGAUAACUUGAGUUGGGAUGUGGACUUGGUUACUGGCUUAUUUUCCCCUCUGAUUGCUGCUCGUAUUUUAGCUAUGACGAUGCACAUUCCUGCUUUAGAGCUUCCAGAUGAGUUGUGGUCUAAGCUUUGGGGGCUGAAGGUCCAACCUAAGGUGCUUCACUUUCUGUGGCGUGCAUGUAGGAACAUUCUACCUGUGAAGGAAGUUCUGAUUUCCAGAGCUAUUAUUUCAGAGGGCGUUUGUCCUGCUUGUGGUGGUCAGGAGUCGAUCCUCCAUGCUAUUGUUACCUACCCUUCUGUUCAUGCUCACUGGACUUUUGUAGGUUUUUCAUUUACUAAUGCGCCUUUGAUUGGUUUCAGGGAGCUGCUUUGGUGUGUGUUGAAUUCUUUAGCUAGGGAUCGGUGCUUUCGCAUCGGCAAUGGCUCUCUGCCCGCCCAGCAGCGCUUCCGUCAAUCUGCUGCCCCUGCAGCUGUCCCUCAGGUUUGUUGGACUGCUCAUUUGGUUGGAAGAUGGAAGUGUAAUGUGGAUGCUGCUGUUAGGAAAGAUUUGGGACGCACAAAGUUUGGAGCUCUAGUUCGCGAUCAUUCUGGGGAGUUUGUGAUGGGAUGCUUCUGUCAUUCUUCUGGGGUCUAUGCCUUGCGAGUUGUUGAAGAUAUUGCUGUCUGUGAGGUCCUGUCUUAUUUGCGUGAUAAUCAGUUACAUGGCAUCCAAGUGGAAACGGAUUGCUUGCAGCCAGUUAAUGCUAUUUUAGAUUGUACUGAAGAUUUUUCUGAUUGGAGCUUAAUCAUUCAUGAUAUAAAGAUCCUUUUUCAACAGCGUGAUAAUGUGUGUAUAGCUUGA